GACCUAUUAUCUCUUCACCACUGCAGUCUGCACCAGUACUCCGGUAACAUCUGACAACGGGUCGAGAUGGCUGCUUGUGCCCGUCGAUUAGCGGUGUCUAUGACAAAAUAUACUUCAAACCAUGGGAUUUUCCGGUCCAUGGUACCGCGGGCGGCAGGUGUUGGAGCCUUCAGAACUUCUUCAACAACGUCUCAGACUGAUCUCCAUCCUACCAUUCGGCCUGUGAAUGCUGUAGAGCGAACUACAGUUUCUGAGUAUGGCCAGUAUGUGGCUGAGUGCCUUCCAAAAUAUGUUCAACAGGUUCAAGUCUCUGCUGGCAAUGAGCUGGAGAUUUUAAUUGCACCUGAAGGCGUGAUACCUGUGCUCACGUUCCUGCGUGACCACAUCAAUGCUCAGUACACGUGCAUUACUGACCUGUGUGGCAUGGACGUGCCUACCAGGGAGUACAGGUUUGAGGUGAUCUACAAUCUGUUGUCUGUGCGCUACAAUACAAGAAUCAGAGUCAAGACCUACACCGACGAGCUCACGCCCCUGGACUCUGCCUGCGAGGUAUUCCAAGGCGCCAACUGGUAUGAGCGGGAGGUGUGGGACAUGUUCGGUGUUUACUUCUCGAACCACCCCGACCUCCGCAGGAUCCUCACAGACUACGGGUUUGAAGGACAUCCUUUCAGGAAGGACUUCCCGCUCACUGGUUAUGUUGAGUGCCGCUACGACGACGAGGAGAAGCGUGUGGUGAUGGAGCCUGUGGAGCUGGCGCAGGAGUUCCGCAAGUUUGACCUCUCGGCGCCGUGGGAACAGUUCCCGCAGUUCAGGAAAGCUUUGGAGAAAGCUGAAGUGGACGAAGAAACCCAGCCUAAAUAAAAUAAAUUGAAGGGUGCAAUAUGAAGUCGGCGGAAAACCCGUAGCUGAAUAGACUAAAUUAAUGGAUUCAGGAUGAAAUCGGCAGAAAACCCAGCCUAAAUAAACUAAAUUAAUGGGUUUGUGAUAAAAUCGGCUUAAAACCAGUGGCUAAAUAUACUGAAUUGUUGUGUUAAGUGAAAUAUGAAGGGAUACCCGAGGCUAAAUUGUUUAAAUUACUGUGCUUGAGACUUGUUAAAUAAUUCACAGGCAUCCUUCUUUUAAAAUAUGUCAGAGGACUUUCAUUUCCUAGUGAUUUAUAUCAAAUUAGUUACACAAGGCAAUUCAAGUUCGCUAAGCAAUCACGAUGAGCGAUCCUCUUUCGUUUGUUGAAAGCAAAUAAUGAGAAUUUACUGUGCCAUUCAUUAUCUCAAAUUAGAAUAUACAUUAUGUGAAAGAACUUGACGUGUUUUGCUUUGCGCUUGCGGCUGUUUUGGGGUAAAUUGAAUUUUGCUUGAUAUUUCGAAGAUUUUUAUAUAUCUCGAUCAUUUGCUGCAGCUGGAGCAGCAUUGCUUUCCUAGACUCAGGACUAUUACCAGAGGUGCACUUAGUUUGAAAUUCUUCCAAGCAUUACUAUUCUCAAAAGUAAACUUUGUGACUUUUUUCACUUUGCGUAUUAGAUUGAAAUAUUAAUCAUUCGUUAACCCGUGCAGUGGAUGGAUAAAUUUUCCAGUGGUGUUGAACGGAAAGUCUACCUUCUCUGCUCGGAUGUUAUUUCGGGUUUAAAUGUAUGAAUCCGAUGGUAUCGGUUAUGUUAAAGAAGCUAUUUCUUGUAAAUAUAAUUUAUGUCGAUCA